AUGAAGGCUGGGAUCGACAAAGACAAACUGAUGUUGGCCUUGGAACCCGAGGCUGCAGCCUUAUACUGUCGGUAUCUUCCUGGUGAAGAGGCGAAAGACAUCCGAAAUGAUUUCCAUGGUGGUCGGUACAUGGUCGUGGACAUGGGAGGUGGCACCGUAGAUAUAGCUGUGCACGAGGUUUCUGGUGACGAGAAGAACCUGACAGAGAUCUUACCUGCCUCCGGAGGGGCCUGGGGAGGUGACAAUGUCAACCAAGGUUUUAUCAACUUCUUUGGCAAGAAGAUUGGAGGAGAAGUAAUAAGUGACAGAAUAAAAGAAGAACGCACAUCUCACUGGUUGAAACUUGAGCGAAAUUUUGAAGCAACAAAAAGGUUUUCGUUCCGCGAUAUUAAACGCGACAUGCGACUCGAUAUUCCGCCAGUUAUCAUCACUGAGGGGAAUCUGAAUAUUGACUUGAAGGAGUCAUUCAAAAUGGUUAUACCGAACGAAGACGUCAUAUCAUUCUUCGACUCGGCGAAACACACAAUCAGUCAUAUGACACGCAUAAUAGAGAAAAUACCAGAUAUAGAACUGAUUUUGUUGGUUGGAGGUUACGUCCAGUCCGAACACGUGUCGAACCUGAUUAGGAGUGAAUUUCGACUAAAAAAGGUAUUGGUUCCCACUAAAGCAGAAUUAGCUGUUUUGGAAGGUGCAGUCUUGUAUGGAUUCGAACCAUUGACUGUGUCGGCAGGAAUGUGUCGUCAUACUUAUGGCAUUGACUGUUAUGCUACUUUCGAAGAGGGAGUUCACCGUGAGGAGUACCGGAAGGACAUAGAUGGAGAGGACAGUUGCAUGAAUAUAUUCUCCAAAGUAGCGACAGAGGGAGAUAUAUUGCAAGUUGAAGAAAAACGCGUGGAAGCAUUUUACUCGACGCACAAGGACGAAAAUCGAAGAAAUGUCAGAGUGAAUUUCCCUUUUUACGCCUCUACUGACAAAUCAUGCCAAUAUACAACCGACAUAUCCUGUGAACGGAUUGGGAACAUUGCAGUGGAACCCCCAGCUGACGGUUGGCCAGAGGAGGUACAUUACCGUGUUGAAAUGUACUUUGGGAGGACCGAAUUGGAGGUCAAGGUUUUCAACGAUGCUGAUGAAACGGAGGAGCAUACCGGAAAGUUUGACUUUCUCAUUGAAAAGGAAAUUCCUGACGUAUUACCAGUUUCACUAGUCCCACCAGCUCAAGCCCAGGAUAGGACAAAGGAAACGAAAAACAACUGUACUUUGUGCUGAAUAGUAUUCAUCCGUUAGAGGUCUGUAAUUUAG